UAAACGAUAUAUGAGAUUAGCAAAAGAACGUUCACGUGAGCGUGAAAUGGAUAGCGAAUUGAAUAAAUUGUCUUUGCCCGGUUUGCCGCCACUGCCAAAAAGUCUGAGCACAGCAGCUGCAGGCGUUUCGUCGACAGCCUCAUCAGCAACGCACUCGAAUACUGCAUCACCGCUAAACCACCAUCACCAUGCAUUACACGGUGUUGAAAGUGUUGAGCUCUUUUUGGGGCCCUCAACUUCGGCGGCAGCUACACGUAACCACUACCGGCACGGCAGCUUGUCAUCGACGCAGGAGUCGUUGAGCGAUCGCGAAAGUCUGCACAGUCGCGCCUCUUCAUCGCACAGCAGCCAUCAUACGCCUACAAACACACAUACCGAUAACGGCGGCACAUCAAUUUCAACUGGUUUAGGCAGCGGCAGCGGAAGUAGCAGUACAAGCACACUAGACACACAACUAGCCAUACUGCGGCGUGAAAUGUAUGGUCUGCGACAGUUGGAUCUUUCCCUACUCUCACAAUUGUGGGCACUAAAUGAAUCGAUUCAGGGAUUUCGUGUAUUCUUACAAGAACAGGAGGCGCUUUCACCGCCAUCACCCUCACCCACGCCAUCAGACACGAAUUCGCUUACAUCUGAGGCCGAAGAGGAAUCAUACUCUGCGCAGCCUAUAAAACUUGCACAUCCCAUUGUUGUGCCAGCAGCACUACCACCAGGUGGCUCGAUAACGUCGCACGCUUCAACGAGUUCUGCAUCCGGUACUUCGGGCUCCUCAUCGGCUACCUCCUCGAUGGGCAAACAUGGCGGCGGCGGCGGUAUGCCAUUGCCGCCUGCACCACAAAAAACACAUCCUCAGCUGCCACGCAUAUUGCAGCAGCGCAUGCGGCGGGCACCACCGCCACCGCCACCAACAACGCGUCCCAAACUGGGUAAGGACAACAUGUCGGCGGCGAGCAAUGCUGCUGUGGUAGCAGCAACGACAACACCUGUGCCGCAAAGACCUCUAUGACAAAACCCAUUCUUGGACUAAACACACACACAUAUACCCACCAUAGAUAACGGCGUAUAUCUUGGAAGUGUGCGAUGCUUGGUCCAAGAAUGUAGCGAACACAACUUAUAUUUGAAAGAAAUGAGCGGGGACGCGCUCAUAAGACAACGCGUUUUGGAGUGGAGUAUAGCGCAACGGCGCCUGUUAAGCGUCUACUUGGAAGUAGUCGUGGGGUAAUCGAAGAGGCGAAUGUUGUCAAUUAUGUAUUGCAAUUGUAAUGCGAUUGAAGAAGAAGCACGACAAGUAGAACUUAGUUGAGGGUGGAGCGCAAUUAUGAAUAAAUAAUCAAAACAUAUUCAGAGGAUUUACGACUUGCCAUUUUGCGAACCAUUUUGGAAGUGUAUUUAGCAUGCAUGCAAACGGUAGUCAGCAUGCCCAAUAAAAUUGGAACAUUUUUGGCUUUUAAGUUUACUGAUUGUGGCGCGGCAUAUUUAGUGCGUUCCAAGCGAUUGUAUGUAGUUUGUAAGCGCGUAAGUUAAUCAAAAAAAAAAAAAAAACAGAAAACAAAAACACAAAUAAAUAACAA